AUGUCUGAUUCAACGGCGGGUUGGGACGAGGGUUGGGGCGAGGGUUGGGAUGAGGGUUGGGACGACGAACGGUCUCAAUUACUUCCUGCUUUACAUGAACACACAACACAGGUAUCACAGCUAAGUGUGUUAAUGGGUCAGUAUGUGACACCUUUUCUAUGCAAACAGCCAUGUAGAACUAGUGAACAAACGGGUUAUUUAUGGGUUCAAGAACUUUUGCAUGGGCAUGAAGGACGGUCUAAAGAAAUGUUUCGAAUGGAAAUAGAGACAUUCCAUCGGUUAUGUUCUAAAUUGGUUGAACAUGGGUUGCAAAAUUCUAAGUACAUAGGUGUCCAUGAAUCUGUUGCCAUGUUCUUGAAUACAAUUGCGCAUGGUCAGUGUAAUAGGAUGAUUCAAGAAAGGUUUCAGCGUUCAGGAGAAACUGUUAGUCGACAUUUUCAUAGAGUGUUGGAUGCUUGCCUCAAUUUAUCUCGAGAAAAUAUCAAGCCCACUGAUCCUACAUUCUCCUAUUGCCACCCAAAAAUAGCAAAUGAUCCACGAUACUUCCCAUUUUUUAAGGAUGCAAUUGGCGCAAUUGAUGGCACCCACAUAAAAUGUCAGGUUAGUCAAGCUAGGCAAGACAAAUAUUUUGGGAGGAAGGGAUUCCCGAGUCAGAAUGUCAUGGCCGUAUGCGAUUGGGAUAUGUGCUUCACGUUCGUGUUGGCGGGCUGGGAAGGUAGUGCACAUGAUGCUCGUGUCUUUCAAUUUGCUAUUUCAACUCCAUCCAUGAAUUUCCCUCAUCCACCUGAAGGCAAAUUUUAUUUGGUUGAUGCUGGCUAUUCAUCACAAGUGGGAUAUCUUGGCCCGUACAGACGUGAGCGCUAUCACCUCCCAGACUUUAAUCGUCAGCCAGGAUUUAGAAAUGAGAAUGAGGCCUUCAAUUAUUAUCAUUCAAGCAAAGUUCUCCAACUGAUGACCGCUUUAUACAAGCUGAGCGUGGAAGUAUAA